CGCUCUUCCUCUUUUCGUCCUCCGCAUUUAUAUUGGUCCGAUCUGCGAUAGUUGGCUUGAUCCAUAGAUUGUAGAAUCUAAUCGAAGCCGAUCAUAUUCGAAUUUCGUCUUUAGAAGCUCAGGAUGCCAUGCGUCGUGUUGUUGUGACGGGUUUAGGAGCUGUUACUCCAUUGGGAGUAGGUAUCCGUCAUACAUGGAAACGUCUCUUAGAUGGUCACUGCGGCAUUGUUAAUGUCAACCAUCGCGAUUCUAGGUUCGCGGACUUACCAUGUCAGAUCGCCGCCCCAGUGCCGAAUGGCAAGAGGCAGAAUGGUGGCUGGACUGCCUCAGAAUGGCUAAGUAAGGAUGAAGAGCGUAAGAUGGCGCGUUUCGCCCAGUAUGCUUUGGCUGCUUCGGAAGAAGCUCUUGAAGAUGCAGGCUGGAAGCCCACUUCGUUUGAAGACAGAGAAUCUACGGGCAUCUGUCUCGGAUCCGGAAUUGGCAACUUCGAUGAGAUCUACGAUACCGUCGUGGCAUAUGAAAAAGGAGGCUACAGAAAGGUGUCUCCUUUAUUUGUCCCGAAGCUCCUCAUCAACCUCGGCGCUGGCCAUAUCUCCAUGAAGUAUGGAUUGAUGGGUCCAAACCAUGCGGCUACAACCGCAUGCACCACUGGGGCACAUUCCAUUGGUGAUGCUGCUCGCUUUAUUGCAUGUGGUGAUGCGGACGUGAUGUUAGCAGGCGGUGCCGAAUCUUGCAUCCAUCCGCUAGCUGUUGGAGGCUUUGCCCGGGCGCGGAGCCUCGCAACGAGCUAUAAUGAUGCUCCUGAGAAGGCGUCCAGACCGUUCGAUGCGGAUCGCGAAGGGUUCGUGGUCGGCGAGGGCGCGGCAAUAGUUAUCUUAGAGGAGCUAGAGCAUGCAAAGGCAAGAGGUGCACGUAUCUACGCCGAGUUGAGAGGCUAUGGCUGUUCGGGUGAUGCACAUCAUAUAACAGCGCCCAAAGAAAACGGGGAAGGGGCAUUCAUGGCAAUGAGAAAAGCUCUAAAGAACGCUGGCAUUUCACCGUCUAUGGUUGACUACGUUAAUGCACACGCCACUUCGACUGUAGUCGGAGAUGCGGCAGAAAACGCCGCGAUCAAGGCACUCCUUCUAGGCCCUGAAGGAAAGCGAAAUGCCCGGGAUGUGAAUAUUAGUAGCACCAAGGGCGCUGUGGGUCACUUAUUGGGCGGCGCUGGCGCCGUAGAGGCCUUGUUCACCGUCCUUGCUAUUCAUGAGAAUAAAAUGCCUCCUACGGUCAACUUGGAGCGUCUCGCCAUCGGAUUCGACUGCAAUUACGCCCCGAAGCAGACUCAAGAGCGCCGGAUAGAUGUGGCACUGACCAACAGUUUCGGCUUUGGAGGGACCAACAGUACUCUCUGCUUUUCCAAGCUAUAGAAAGCACUUACUGAAUAUUCGAUUUG